AUGCUUUAAAAAUCUGUGAAGUUUUAGUAGAGGAGAAGAGAUUUAAAUUAAAAGAUAUAGUAAAUUGAGGUCCUAAGGAAGUAAAUUGAUGAGAAGUUGAAGGAAUAGGAACCGAGAAGGAUUUAACCACAGGUAUUAGGAAGAAUUCCAGAAUACGAAUUCUUUGUACCAUUCAAACAUGGCUGGAGGAAGUGCAAGUCUCAUGACAAGAACUCGACCUUCGAACAUAUGAUGGAUAAUUUAUUAGGAAAAUCUGGAGAGUGGGAAGGUAAAAUGCUCAAUAUAAUGGACUAAAUUUAGGAUGUAGAGACAAAAUUUUACAGUUCAGUCCAGAAGGCUUUGAGGGAGCAAAUUGAAAAGAUUACUUCCAGGAUUAAGAGACUAAUUGAGGAGGAAUGUGGCCCUUACAAAAGAAAGUAAACAUCACGAGUUGAAACAAAUUAUGCAACUGCUAUGAGAUUUUAUUCACAUCUAUUAUUAGGAAACAUUUUAAGAAAAUUAAUGGAAAUGGGAAAUGAUUGCUUCUAGUUUUAUGUUGAUGUAUACAGAUUAAGGCAAAGUUAAAUAUUAAAAAGAACAUUUAAUAUCACAUCCUAGAGGAACGAUAGCAGAUGA